UUCUCCAAUCGAUGCGGCACCCCAAACCCAUGCUUCCCCAGAGACUGCAUUCACCAUCCAAGAGAUUGAAAUGAAUGUUGUCAUGCCUCAACGCAACGGGUUCCCGGAACCUGCCAUCGGGUCGCAACAGACUCAGAAUGAGAUUGCUCACGUCGCCGGGCAAAGCCGCGCUUCCCCAGAGCCCACCACUGCUCUGCAACAGCUUGAGAUAGUGCACGUUGAGAACGGCAACCACCCGGCGCGCGGCGAGGCAAAUCCGGCACACAUAUCUGACACGGCUGUUCUCGAUGCUGCCAGUCUGGCCUUGAUCGAUGGUAUAAGGGCCUCUCAGGAUCGCGAUGUCACCUCCAACGAGAACAACAAUCAGACCAACAGAGCUUCUCCUCGCCCACCAUUACGAGCCAUGAUGAAUCUCGACUACCCACGCAUCCGAUCAAUGCUUCUGGGUAGUAAUCCCAACCCUCCUAAGAAGGCCAAUGGACGCCCGGCUUCCUCCACAGACAUGCAGUCUUACAAUGGAGCAGUCGAAGUUUCGCCUAACCCACCAAAUACAGAAAUGCUCGGCCUCCAGUAUCAUGCCAUCCGCGCAGCGCUUUUAGGCAUUCAGCAAGCUCCCCCGCGUAACCACGCUCCCAACCAACCGGGCGAGCAACCCCGCGAGAUCACCGAGCAGGAGAUAGUUGAGUUUUUAGAAGAGUGCGCUGGGGAGUUUGUCCGCUAUAGUCGCGACUCUCAAGCAUCCUGCGAAGCUGAGUUGGAAGCCCGAGUUAAACUUGUGGCCCAAAUGCUUUGUAAUUCUAAAAAGGCUGUUUUGAUCCAAGAAAGACUUUUUCUUAGGUUCUCGUUGUAA